AAUCCUGUUAGAUAGAAAUCAUGGUGGCUAAGUCAGACAAAUCAGUGGGAUACAGGUGGAAAAUAGAUUUUAACGGAAGAGCAAAGAAUUCCUGGCACAACCCUCCCUCCCUGGCUAACCCAAUAGGAUAUUGUGACGAUUUUGAGAGGCUCCCAGACCACGAACAGGAGGACAAUAACGCUCAUCUCAUCGUCAAGAGAUCAUGGGAUAUAGCUCUUGUUCCUCUGAAGCAGGUGCCCAUGAAUUUGUUCCUAAUGUACAUGAUUGGAAAUACGCUGUCACUGUUUCCUAUUAUUAUGACAGUGAUGAUGUUCAAAUCUCCCUUCUCCUCCCUCUUCUCAUAUAAAGCUACUUUCCAGAAGCUUGAAGGCAGCCACCACAUCUUACAGAAGAUGGUUUUCAUUCUGUCAAACUUCAUCCUGAUCGCAAUGGCUUUGUACAAAUGUAAUGCUAUGGGACUGUUGCCAAUACAUCCUUCAGAUUGGAUUGCAUUCGCCUCUCCCAAAACAAGGAUGGAGUUUGCUGUAGGAGGUCCUGUCCUUAUGUCUUGAGGUGAAGAGUUGAGGGCAUAUUAUGGUAAAAGAGCAGGAGUCAGGACUUAUCAUGAUGAAGACGAAAAUAUCAAAGAGAUAUGAUAUCAAGUUCCUGAUCCUUCUUUGGGAUAACUUUUAUUCUGAUUCGAUUGCGAAUUUCACACUUGUGUGAUGUUUGCUGUAUUGUUCGUUUGGCCUGACCGUUCAGAGUGGAACCUGAAGAUAAAAGAUAGCUUUAAGUUAAUUAAAUUCUAAUGAAUUAAUUCUAUUGGUUCUAAAUAAUAUAUAUUAUAAUAAGUUUAUAACAGAAUCUUUUUCACCUGUUUUAGUUUUCUGCCAUAGUAAAUUAUCACUAAAUUGAUUUAUAAUUGAUUUAUAUUCGAUCAAUUGUAAUAUUUCUGAAAAUGAAUGUAUAUGCCUACUAUACUUUCUUUCAAAAUUGCCCCCUUCCCCAUUACAGCUAGCGAGGGAUUUUGUGACUUUGAACAAUUGUGUUUUCUAUCCAUAUAGUAUUGUAGUAUUUAAUCCAAUUGAUGUGACCUUGAUAUUCCUUAUCAAUGAA